UUUACGCGAAUGUUUAAAACACAAAAUUAAAUUAAUUACUUGUUAAUAUAUUCAUGCAAUAUCGAAACUAUGGAUGUGGAUCUGCUCAGACCAGGCACUGUACCGAUCUCGCCAGACACGAUACUAUGGUUUGAGUUUUUGCUGAAUCCUUCGUUGCUGCAGAAACAUUUGUCAAAACCUUUCCCAGAUCCAUCGCCUACAGACCUGAUAAUAAAAUUUAUGACCAUUAAUUCUGAUCAAAAAGAAAUGGAGCUGAAAGGAAUUGAUGGAGAAUCAAAUGAUGUAAAGACAAAUGGUACAAACAAAUGGACUCACAAAAAUUUAGCAUUAAAAAUACUUUCUUUGAAAGUAGCGGCUUACCUUAGAUGGGAUUUGGAUGUGCUAGAGAAGAAGCUACCUUUGCUGAUACAAUUGACAUUACUGCAAGAUCUGUUUUAUAUUACUAUAGACAUUGCAGUAGAAAUUCCUACAAUUCCAGAAUUUUUUAUGGAAACUGCUUCUGAUCAGCUUUUGUUCACGUUGGUUUUAUACCAUAGAUGGCACCUAAGAGCAAUUAUUUAUAGAGCUCUCAGCAAUAAACAACCAAAACAACAGUUACUUCACAUACCAGGUACUCAGGAAUCAACAUAUGUACCUCCUGGUAUAGUAGAUGAUAUUAUCAGGAAAUUAGAAGUGCACAUACCAAAUAGUGUAAGUGCCCUAAACAAUAUUUUACAAAUGACCGAUAUAAAACCAAAGGUUCUGUCUUUUGACACUUUUCAAAUGCUGACGGAAGACAGUACGGAGAUCAAGCAAAAUUGGGAAAAUAUGAACCUGGUAAACAUAGAUGAGUUUAAAUGUCAGAUACAUUAUGAUCUCGCGAUGUUUCAUUUAUUGAGAGAAGAGUAUCAAGAAGCCAAACAUCAUAUUAAACAAGCAAAGGAGUUUUAUAGUAAUUUUAAUCCAGUAGAAAAAUUAACGUAUUGUAAAGUGCAGAAAGAGUUUUUAGAUGGUUGUUGUUUAGCAUGCGAAGUACCGCUGGAAGAAGUUACGUCUAGCCUUACACAGCGUUUACACACCUCUAUCAAAGAUCAAUACACUAAUAUAUUGCAGAUUUUGCAAGCAGAUAAUGUUUUCAGAGAGAUACCACAGGUUUAUAGAGAUAAUUUGGAACUAGAUGUGCAAGGCGGAUUAGUUAACAGGAAAUUUGUAGUUGCUCGCGAUCUUCUGUUGCAAAUACAAUGCUUGAAUCUGGUUAGAAAAAUCCUUGACGACAGCAUAAUUUUGGGUGAUUAUGUAACUGAAAUUAAGGCAGCUGGUACAAAGGGUCAGGAUGUUUUAUUCUGGGCUUUAGAUAAUGUUCUGGAAAAAGCAACAACUAUGGAUAAAAAACGAAUUUCACGUUAUCUUCUUUAUCUUAUAAACACUGCUAAUAUAGAAGGGCUUGCUCCAAAGCUAUUCAACAAUCCUUUCUAUGCAUCAUUAUUCGAUGAAGCAGAACUCGCAGUUCUUCAGCAAGCAAUUGUUUCUGACGAAAUAGAAAUACCAGACUUGUUGCUACAUAACGACUGGAGUAUUCCAUCUGUAUCAUUUAUACAAAAAGCAAGAAUUGAAGUGUUUGAAUUGGAGCAAAAGUUGAUAGAGUCGUAUGAUUCUCAUAUAAUUCGUGAAACGUUGAUCCAGCUUGAUGGGAAACAUCGAAUGAAACCAUUAUAUCAUGUAAAUGGCUGCUGGGAGUUACCCAUUCCAUUGCAGAGUGUGGUAAUGACGCUUCCUAGGGGAUUUCUCCAGGAUUAUUCAUAUGUUCUACUCGCGAAGAGUCGAGAAUUGAUAACUUCCAAAAACUUUGACGGUGCCAUAGGGCUUCUCAAAAUAUUGGAUAAAGAGCUACAGGAACACGUAAAAAGCGGAGGCUCGUUGAUCUUUAAGCUGUGCAAAUUAGUGAGUUGGGAAUGCCUGCUUGUGGAGAUAUGGAAGUGUUUUCAAGCUUGGCCAACGACAAAUGACUGUGAUGUGCAAAGUAUGAUUGUACGGAGUAAACAAUGUCUUGGUGCAUUACAAGCGUCUGAUCAGCUAAUUCCACGACAAGAAGUAAUAGAAUACUGUACGGUUUUCCUCCUAAAUAUAGCUGAGUGGGAGUAUCUUACUAGUUUAGAGAAGCGUUGGAGUUACACUGAAUUUGCAGCUGCCAUUAGUAGCGUUUGCCAAGACAUUGUUAAGUACAAAGGAACCCGCAAAUUUCCGCGAGAUGCAUGGGAUAUGAUUUUAGCAGCAUUUGGUCCUACUAGAGAUCAGUCACAGAAACGCAGCAGUAGUGGCAGUAAUAGUGGAAGUUCGUCAAAAGACGUUGCUGCUAGUAUUGCUCUUACACUUACUCGAUUACGAGAACCUAUGGUUCUCACUGUAGUAAUAUCAUUAUUAGCUCGUUUGCGCAACAUUUUGCGUGAUGAAUCGAGUUUGGAAUUACACACGCAGUAUUUAUCUCUUUGGCCUGCCAGUGUACCAAAUGCAAAUUCGUAUAACAUCAGACAAAUUGGAGAAUUAUUAUUCCAAUUAUUGACGCAAGCUCUAAAAUAUUAUCCCUGCAAUGUGCCAUGGUUGAGAUUGAUGGGUGAUCUUAAUUUUGUUCUAAACUAUUAUGAAAGUGCAAUGAGAUAUUAUCUGGAGGCAAUCAUGAUAGCCAGCGAUUUGUUUAGUCAACCCAUCCCACGCACGCAGAUAGACGAUCUUGUUUAUAGAAGAAUGAUUAAAUGUUGCGCUCAUUUACAAUGUUACACUCAGGCGGCUGUGUUGUGCCAAUUUUUGGAGGAAGUAGAUUAUUCUUUGGCGUUUAAAAUGGCAGCCAGCGAUCAAAAGAGCUGUGCCGUGGCUGAUGCUAUGGACGCAUAUUAUCAUUGUAUUUGGGAUACAACGAUACUCGAGUAUCUUAUACAGUUGCAUACGAAGCGUGGAGAGCAUCACAGAAAGCAACUCGCGAUCAAAGUCAUUGGUUUGUUAGAAUUAAACUCCAACAACAAUGAAGAGAUCCAAAGAGAAGCAGCUAAUAUUCGUAAAGCUAAAUUUUUGAGAGCUCUGGCGAAACAAUAUGUUUAUUAA